CAGUGUAUCAUUUCUCUCUUUUCACUUUCCUUGUGGUUUUCAAUCAAAAGAAAAUGGCAAAUGAGAAGACAUCCCAAGCUGGGGUUUGGCCAAAGGUUAAGCCUUUCAUCAAUGGAGGCACCUCUGGUAUGCUUGCCACUUGUGUCAUCCAACCCAUUGACAUGAUCAAGGUGAGAAUCCAACUCGGUCAGGGAUCAGCAGCAUCUGUCACCAAGAACAUGCUUCAAAACGAGGGCGUUGGUGCCUUUUACAAGGGACUAUCAGCUGGACUUCUUAGGCAAGCUACAUACACUACCGCUAGACUCGGAUCAUUCAAAAUGUUGACGACCAAAGCGAUUGAAGCCAAUGACGGGAAGCCCCUACCUCUAUAUCAGAAGGCAUUGUGUGGUCUGACUGCCGGUGCUAUUGGAGCCUGCUUCGGAAGCCCUGCGGAUUUGGCACUUAUCCGUAUGCAAGCUGAUGCCACUUUGCCUGCUGCACAGCGCCGGAAUUAUUCGAAUGCAUUCCACGCUCUCUAUCGUAUCGUUGGCGAUGAAGGGGUUCUGGCACUUUGGAAAGGUGCAGGUCCGACCGUAGUCCGAGCUAUGGCAUUGAACAUGGGGAUGCUUGCCUCUUAUGAUCAAAGUGUCGAGUUCUUCAAGGACUCCCUCGAAUUAGGUGAAGCCGCAACCGUGGUAGGUGCGAGUGCGGUUUCAGGCUUCUUCGCUUCAGCUUGCAGUUUACCAUUUGAUUACGUGAAAACACAGAUCCAGAAGAUGCAACCCGAUGCCGAGGGGAAGUAUCCAUACACCGGCUCAUUAGAUUGUGCCGUGAAGACCCUCAAGUCCGGCGGACCAUUGAAAUUCUACACCGGAUUCCCUGUUUAUUGUGUUAGAAUUGCUCCUCACGUCAUGAUGACCUGGAUUUUCCUGAACCAGAUUCAGAAGAUAGAGAAUAGGAUGGGGUUAUAGUGAUCUCAGCAAUGGAGGAUUAUAAUCGAAGCAUCAAAAUAAAUAUUUUUGCAUAAUUUUUUAUGUUUU